ACAGCCCUCCGCCCCCCCGCCCCUUCCCCCUCCUCCUCGUCUCUCGUUCUCGCUGCGACGAACCCUAAAUCCCUUCCCUCUUCCAACUCUGCUCCUCGAUCGAGGAAGAGUCGAUCGCAGAAGACCAGGAACGCUUGCCCCUUCGCGCUCUUUUGCUCUGAUCCGAGGGGGAGUUGUUCUCAGGAUAGGCUGUCAUGGCUGACGACGAGCCGCAGCCCCUUAACUAUGUCCAAGAGACAGUGUUGAAGAAAAGAAAAAACAAUGAGGAAUGGGUUAUCAAGAAAAGGGAGCGAUUAGCAGAGCGAAAGAAAAGUAAAGAAAGCUUGAAGCCUGCCAUUAAAAGGCCUGAAGAGUUUGUCAAAGAAUAUCGUGACAAAGAGCUGGACUUUGUUCGCAUGAAGCAGAGGCUAAAGCUACGGAAAUCUUCCAAUGAUGCCAUAAAGUCUAAGUUACUUUUUGUUAUUCGCAUCCAUGGAUCAAAGGAUAUGCAUCCCCGGACAAGACAAAUCUUAAAUAAGUUGCGGUUGAGACAUAUCUUAAGUGGUGUAUUUCUGAAAGCCAAUGAAGCAAAUUUGAGAAUGCUUCUGACUGUAGAACCGUUCAUUACUUAUGGUUAUCCUACUUCGAAAAGUGUGAGGGAGCUUGUUUACAAGAAGGGCUGUGGAAAUAUAGAAAAGGAGAGGACUCCUCUUACUGACAACAACGUCAUUGAGCAGGCACUUGGGAAGUAUGGUAUCAUCUGUCUUGAAGAUGUCGUGCAUGAGAUCGCCACAGUGGGAUCACAUUUCAAGGAGGUUACCAGCUUCCUGUGGCCAUUCAAGCUUAAAUGCCCAGAACGCAGAUUACAGAUGAAGAAAAAGCUCUACAAGGAGGGUGGCGAUGCAGGCAACCGUGAAGAUCACAUCAAUGAGCUCAUUGAUAAGCUGAACUAAGAGGGAUGAGCUUGUGGUGGUCCAUGUCAAGCAUGGAUGACAUCAAUUAAACUAGUUUUGCCAGAUGUUUUAGCUUUUUAUGGCUUGGAAAAGUAUUUAGUGGAAAUCAGUAAUGUUGUAUUCCCUGGCAUCUUUUUUUUGUUUUCUUCUUUUAACAUCAAAAUCAUAAUCGUCGUCUUUUUGACUCUUUUAACAUCCUCAAUAGAUUCUUCCACUCGUCAUGUUCAUAAUUUUGUUUUAAUGAUCAUCUUUUUUCAUUUUUGGCA